GUUUGUCUGUAACUCCACUACUGGUUCCAUGCUGGUUGUAUUUUGAACGCACACAUAUUUUUUACUAGGUUUUUUUUUCUAUUUUUUUCGAUUAUUGCAUACGUAUUUAAAGCUGGGUUGUCUCUUCAGGAAGUGGCUUUGACAUCCUGCUCAAUGUUUAUGAAUAAGACAUUCAGUAGAUGAGUUUCCGGUUUGAGCAGUAAGUUAAAGAAGUCAGGAUGAAGAUCAAGCGGCAGAAGCAUGCCAAGAAGACCAUCAGCUUCUAUAAGUACAACUUUGGCUUUCGGGAACCGUUUCAAAUCCUGAUCGAUGGGACUUUCUGUCAGGCUGCAUUAAAGAAUAAAAUCCAAAUCAAAGAGCAACUGCCCAAAUAUUUCAUGGGAGAGGUUCAACUCUGUACCACCAAAUGCGCGCUGAAGGAACUUGAGACACUUUCAAAAGACCUGUAUGGAGCUAAAUUAAUCCUGCAGAGGUUUCAGAUACGAAAAUGUAAGCACAAGGAGCCUGUUGCUGCCUCUCAGUGCCUGCUGUCCAUGCUGGGAAAGACAAAUGCUCAUCACUACUUCAUUGCCACGCAGGACAGAGAGUUGACUACAGCUCUGACGGAGAUCCCUGGCGUACCUCUGAUCUACAUUAUCCUCAACACCAUGGUGUUAGACAAACCAUCAGCGUGUUCAUUGAGGCAUGUGGAGGCGGUGCAGCUGGGAGAGCUCGUGAGUCCUCAUCACCAGCAAAGCCUCCAGAGCCUGAAAGCCGAGCAGGGCCUCGGUAAGGAUGGCGAGGAGCGACGGGGCAAAAAACGCAAGAGAAAGUCAGGCAAUCCCAACCCCCUCAGCUGUUUGAAAAAGAAGAAGACGACAAUGCCACAGCAGCCCAAAACAACAGAUGGAGAGAAGAAGAAGAGGAGCAGGCACAGGAAGAGGAGCACUGCUGGGCCGUCCGUUAGCGUGAACCCAAAUCCCUCCAGUGCUCAGUCAUGACCCACCUUCUGUAUAUCAGCUGAUGUUAGCGUCUCAGUGUAUAAGAAUCCCACUGUUAUUUACUACCCAGAUUUUCUAAUAAAUCUUUAAUCAAGGUGCCAAAUA